AUAGCUCACUGGGAUUCAAAACAUGACUGUCGAUACAGGUGGAUAUUUACAAAGGCUGAAACUGGUUUUGGCUAUAUUUAGCUCUAAAACUUCAUAGUUAUUUCGGAUUUCAAACAUUUCGGUUGAGCAUCACUGAAGAGACAUUAUUUGUCGAAAUGCGCAUCUGGUGCAUCAAAAUUGGUACCGUAUAAGUUUUAAAUUGAAACAUAUCUGAGAACUAGAAAGUAUUAAGAAUACGUUGUCACUUACUAAGGGAUGGGACUACAUAUUGCAGCGAAUGAUUAUCCUUAAAGGAAAGUUUUCUAAUGGACAUUUCAUUUCGAUAACAAUGGCGUACUCCAAAUACAAGUCGACAACAGAAACAACAAAUACUGCCCGUGUAUCAAGAUUAUUAGUGGACCCUUGUACAGACCUCUUCAGGGACCUUCUCAGGGACCAUAUUACAGAAAUCAAUUUCUCAGGUGUUCUCCGACAAAAGAAAUUGUUGCUGAGUCCCAUUCUCAAUAAAGCCCAAAGAGAUUUAUUGUAUCCCACCAAAGGUUCUUUCACUGGAACGUAUAAUGACUUUGACUUAUCUUUAUUGUAUGUAUUGUUGAGAAACACAACGGGUAUUGCACCUCACAAAAAAGGAUGGGCCAAACCGCCAGAUCCAUCAGAUCGAUCCCUGUCUGCGAAUAUUGAUCGUGUAAGGGAGAUAAGAAACACCUAUUGUGGUCAUACAGCCAGAGUAUCCCUAUCUGACUCAGAGUUCCAAAAGCUUUGGCAGGAUCUGACCGUUAUAAUCGGGGAACUCGAGGGCAGUCUUUCGGGAGGAGGUACAACAUACACAGACGCUGCGAACCAGAUAGAAGUAGAUACUAUGGAUCCUGAGCAGGAGAAGAGAUAUCUGGAUGUUAUUGAUACCCAACACCAAGACAUAGAAGCACUCAAAGAAAGAACAUUUAAAGUACAAGAACAAAUUAAUGGACUGAAGUCUGAGGUGAAAGGACAAGUCUCUAAUGUUCAAGAACAAGUCACUGAUGUACAAGAACAAGUCACUGAUGUACAAGAACAAGUCUCUGAUGUACAAGAACAAGUCUCUGAUGUACAAGAACAACUCACUGAUGUACAAGAACAAGUCACUGAUGUACAAGAACAAGUCUCUGAUGUACAAGAACAAGUCUCUGAUGUACAAGAACAACUCACUGGUGUACAAGAACAAGUUACUGAUGUACAAGAACAAGUUACUGGUGUACAAGAACAAGUCACUGGGAUACAGACGACUGUUGAGAAACUGAAUAAACCAGAUGCAAAGUCUCCCAUUCCUCCAAAUGUUAGAGGGCAAUAUGAUAUUGACAUUCAGGAAUGGAGAGAAGAAGACAAGCUUUACUGUGAAACCCACAGCUUUCCGUCAAUGAUGCAGAAAGUGAGGAACCAACCUUACGUAACGUUUGUCGGUGUGCCUGGAUCUGGAAAGACUGCCACUGUUCAUCACAUCGCGCUCAAACUUCAGGAGGAAGGUUACGAGGUUGUGCCAACCAAAGAUGUGAGGAAGAUGGAGGACUAUGGUGACCCCAAGAAUCCACAGGUUUUUGUUAUUGAUGAUGUGGUGGGUGUCUUUGGCCUCCAAAAAAAUACAUUAGAUGUGAUGACUAAUUAUGAACAGAAAAUAAAACAGCCUUGCAUGAUUAAGUCUAGAACUUUGAUGACAUGUAGAGAGAUUGUGUUCAAUGAAACACUACCAUACAAAACUUUCCUUUCCAAAGAAGAGACUGUGGUUAAAUUGCACAGUUCUGACAAUACAUUAAAUGACACUGACAAAAAACAGAUUCUUCAGAAGUAUGGUUUAAACGUAGAUUUAAUAUCACCUGCAUUGCUGACAUCAACAUCUCACAUGUUUCCCCUUCUCUGUAGAUUAUAUUCCAAGGACACACAAUUACAAGCUCUUGGUUCAAAGUUUUUCCUGUAUCCAGUCCAAUGUAUCAUUAAAGAACUUCAUAAGAUGCAAAACAAUCACAAACUGAAUUAUACAACACUUGCUUUGUGUAUGCAAAAUGAAAACAGCCUCUCAAAAGACAUUCUAAAAGAUGGGGAAAAUGAAAAGUUCUUGAAAAUGAAAAUUGACACUUUGGAAAAUUGCCAAUUAGAGCACUCCACUGAUACUUUCAAGUUUAUGAAUGCUUUGUCAGCAAUGGAGGGGACAUACACAAAACAGUGUGGUGCACAAUACACAUUUAUACAUGACUCCAUGUUUGAAAUAUGUGCUUAUCAGUAUGGCAAACAGUUUCCUGAUGAAAUGUUGCUGUAUAUGAGUAGCAGUUAUAUUGCUAAUUAUGUCAAACCACAGAGUAGUGAAGAAGAUAUUGUUAACAAAGUGAAAGAGAAACAGGGUGAUUCUCAAUCUGUUGAAAAGGGAGAGAGUAUCAAUGAUAGUGAAGGAUUAAAGAAGGAGAGCGAUGAUAAAAACAAUGAGAGAGAGGAAUCGUUUGAUCUGUGUAUAAGGUUACGUGAGGAUCAGUACCCACUGUUAGCAGAGAGAUUGUACAGAGACAUACAGAACAUGGAGCUGUAUGAUGUGUUCAGGAAUCAGGUUUUAAAACAUCCUCAGGUGUGUCAAGCUUUUAUUGGUGUGUUAGAGACAAAGUCGUAUGCAGAAGUAAAAAACCUAUUUCUUUCCACUAAGGAAAAUGUAGAUAAGAUGGUGAGUAAACAAACAUGUGUGAUGAAGGAGAGUAGAGAGUGGGGUGAGUGGAGGAGGCAGAAUAUACUGGUGGAUCGCAAGUAUAAACGAGACAAUAAAACAAAAAUAUUAAAUGAAUCACUCAUGUACAAUAUAAGAGUGAUCAGCUGGGUGAUUUCUUACGGACAUCCUCAGAUUCUACAAUACUUAGUACAACAGACUGAACAGCACAAUGAAAUAAAUGAAUUAUUUAGGAUAACAGGAAAUCCUCUACACGGAUCUGAAAGCAUUAUGCUUGUGAAUGAUAAAAGAGAUCAAAAGGAGAGAGAUAUUGUGAGGUCACAAGGGAGAGGCGUGUUUCUUGAACAGCAUAGGUUACUUGUUUUGAGUUGUUAUAGUGGUGAUGUACAGACAGUCAAAAUUGUUCUGUUUCAUGUCUGUAGGAAGUUGAUUAAUGGGCUAGAUAAGGUCCAUGGAGGUAUGUUUGCUAGAUCGCCUUCUGAUUUUCCUCUGAUAGUUGCAUGUGAGGAAGGGCAUGUGUCCAUAGUGAAGGAACUAGUGAAGGCGGGGGCUGAUGUUAAUCUGCGUGAUUUCAGAGGAAAUACACCACUAAAAGCAGCAAGUGAGGAAGGACAUGUAAGCAUAGUGAAGGAGCUUGUAAAAAAAGGUGCUGAUGUCAAUAUGCAAAAUGAAAGCGGUGAUACACCGCUGGUAAUUGCAUGCAGGAAAGGACAUGUGAGCAUAGUGAAGGAGCUUGUGAAGACAAGGGCUGGUGUCAAUUUACAGGAUUAUAGGGGGAAUACACCAUUGAUAAAUGCAUAUAAGAAAGGACAUGUGAGGAUAGUGGAGGAGCUAGUGAAGGCAGGGGCUGACGUCAAUGUAAAGGAUGAAAUGGAAAAUACACCACUGAUAACUGCAUGUGUGUAUGGACAUGCGAAUAUAGUGGAAGAGCUUGUGAGGGCAGGGGCUGGUGUCAAUGUGCAGGAUUACAGGGGGGAUGCACCAUUGAAAAUUGCAUAUAAGAAAGGACAUGUGAGAAUAGUGGAGGUGCUAGUGAAGGCAGGGGCUGAGGUCAAUGUAAAGGAUGAAAUGGGGAAUACACCACUGAUAACUGCAUGUUUGUAUGGACAUGUGAAUAUAGUAAAGGAACUAGUGAAGGCAGGGGCUGACGUCAAUGUAGAGGAUGAAAUGGGAUAUACACCAUUGCUAACUGCAUGUAUCUUUGGAUGUGUCAAUGUAAACGGUGAAAUUUAUCACUGUUGGUGGCCUUCACCUUUCAUGUGGAAUGCACCACUGAGGAAUGAAUGUUGUUAUGGACAUGUGAAUAUAGUGGAGGAACUUGUGAGAGCAGGGGUUUGUGUCAAUCUACGGGAUUACAGGGGGGAUACAUCACUUGUAACUACACGUGAAAAAGGGCACGUGAAUAUAGUGAAAGAGCUAGUGAAGGCAGGGGCUAUAGUCAAUGUAAAGGAUGACAUGGACAAUACACCACUGCUAAUUGCAUCUGUGUGUGGACAUGUGAAUAUAGUGAAGGAGCUUGUGAGGGCAGGGGCUGACGUCAAUAUAGGGAAUUCCCAUGGGAUUACACCACUGAAAAUUGCAUGUAGGCACGGAUAUGUGAGAAUAGUGAAGGAGCUUGUGAGGGCAGGGGCUGAUGUCAAUAUAGGGAAUUCCCAUGGGAUUACACCACUGAAAAUUGCAUGUAGGAACGGACAUGUGAGAGUAGUGAAGGAGCUAGUGAAGGCGGGAGCUGUCGGCAAUGUAAAGGAUGAAAUGGGGAUACACCACUGGUAAUUGCAUGUUUGUAUGGACAUGUGGGUACAGUGAAGGAACUUGUGAAGGCAGGGUCUGAUAUAAAUCUACAAAAUAAAAGUGAGAAUACACCACUGAUAUAACUGCAGCAAGAAACUGUCAACAUAUCAAUGGAAAAAAAUAUUUAGUUGACCAUGGAGCUGACUGGGUUGCUCAGGUUCAUAUCUGUUUGUCAACAAUAUAUAGAGCAUUACUACUAAACAAAGUAGAUGUAACGCAACAUUGCAUACAAUAACAGAAUAAAAUCAUCCCUGGUUUUAACGGCCAUGUAUAGCUAUUUAUGGUGGACAUCAGACAUGCUUGAGUUAAAACCGACAGUAAGGAUGAUGUGGUGAUGACAUAUACAUCGAUGUGGUGUAUAGAUAGAGAGAGGAUAGCGAGGAUAAUGAGGGAAGGAGACUAUGAUUUACUAAGUCAUCUGUUGUGUGUGGGUCUGGAUGUUAGCCAACGGAUACAGAUUACUAAGUCUGAUCCGAAACUUCUGUUGCAUUCACUGAUAGAUGAGUUUGAUGUUAGUUAUAGACUAGAGAAAGUGAGGGUUCUGCUGGACUGAUAGAUGAGAUUGAUGUUAGUUAUAGACUAGAGAAAGUGAGGGUUCUGCUGGACUGAUAGAUGAGUUUGAUGUUAGUUAUAGACUAGAGAAAGUGAGGGUUCUGCUGGACUGAUAGAUGAGUUUGAUGUUAGUUAUAGACUAGAGAAAGUGAGGGUUCUGCUGGAUGUGGGGGUAGUUGUCAGUGUUCUGAUUAAGUAUAGGACGGAUAGCUAUGCUAUGUUAGAUAGGGAGGGUAUGUCUACUCUGGAGGAGAGGAGGCAACUGCUUUGUAAGUACAGUAAUAGUAAAGAUUCGUUUGACAUAUACAGUCUGCAAGAGCACAGGAGAGUGAUGCACUCGAUACAUAAACAUGUCAGAGGACACUCUGUAUAGUUUCUGGUAGAAUGUUAGAGAUAAUUUGUGACUGCGUACAAAAGAUGAAUGUGUGAGAUAAAGAAACAUGUCAGAAGACACUCUAUAUAGUCCCUCAUAGAAUUGUAGUGAUACAUGGCAAUACUGAGUACAAGAGAGAUGUGUUAGAUAAAGAAACAAGUCAGAAGACACUCUGUAUAGGGUUCGAUAGCUGUAUGUGAUGCAAUAUACUGCUUUAUGACGUACUGUUAUUUUUAUCAGUAGAUUUACUGACUAUACAACCUUAUAAGUUACUAAACAUACAUGUGUACAUUCCACCUUUCAAUAAAUUGUUCUGCACCUCGUUAUUAUUGUGAAGUUUCUGUGGGAUUUUUAUUUUAUUUUUUAAAUUGUUGUGCUCUAUUGAAUUGUAGUGUAAACCAUUGAAAGAAUUGUAGUGUAAAUCAUUGAUAGAUUCUGAACAUGGGUGUAUUGUAUUGAUUGUAUUUUGUUUAAUGUCCCUCUCUAGAAUGCUUUACUCUUGUGGAGACGUCAUCAUUGCUGGUGAAGGGCUGCAAAGUGUAGGCCAAUAUUUGGCGCUUAUUGUGUAUUGCUUAAUGUUGUUUUAAGUCACCUGAGUCACACUUGAUCAGCAUGUGUUAACAAUUGAACAUUUUAAUUUAUUGAUAACCAUCCUUCCAAUUCUUUCCAAAUUCGGUACGAAUUAUAUCCGGGGUAAGGGGCCAUAAAUUGUAAUUUGCAGGACUCCUGCUUCCCUAGGAAUUUAGGUGCGAAGCGAAAACUGCCAAACAAUUUGAAUUUUUCAAAAAAUAUUCCUUAUUACAACCGCACAUUUGUAAUAAAAACUAUAUGCCUAGUCAUUUAGUGGAGGAUAGCCUCUACCAAAGUUUUUGAUUUGGUAAAUCCCGUGGUACAGGUUCUGUCUCCAAGGUGGUGCAAAACUUGGUGUAUAUUACUAAUGUGUAAAAUAUUUGAAUAAAAUCUUCUUUAUUGUUAUUGGAACUAAAGUGAAAGUAAAUUGAUAUAUGAAUUUAAAAGGAGUGGGAAGCUCUUUACCAAAACUAUUAUUCAUGAUCCCGGGGGUGCGGGUUAGAAUUUAUUAUAGUGAUUGUUAUAUCUUUGAAUUACUGAUAAUGUCGCUGUAUCAAAAUAAAUGCAUUUUUGGGAAGACCAGAAUAAACAUACAAAAAAUGCGAUUUCAUUUCACAAACACAAUGUUCUGAAUUUAGGGGUGGGUGCAAAAUUGUCAUAUAGUGUUAAUUUCAAAUAUUUCAUGUGAUCUUUCAUCAAUGUGAACAAGUUAUGGGACACUUUUGUUUUGAAAACACAUCUUUGUUUUAUACUUCUGAUGAAUGUUAAGAUUUAGCUCAGAUAUGCAGACCUGUAUAUAUAUAUAUAUAUAUUGAUUUCCUAGCCCCUGGAGCUAGAAAUACUUUUGCAUGCUCAGAAGACCGAUUUUGUUCAUGAUAGUAAAUUAUGUUUAGGAUUGUAAAUUAUGUUUAGGAUUGUAAAUUAUGUUUAGGAUUGUAAAUUAUGUUUAGGAUUGUAAAUCAUGUUUAGGAUUGUAAGUCAUGUUUAGGAUUGUAAAUUUUGUUUAUGAUUGUAAAUUAUGUUUAGGAUUGUAAAUGUUACGUACUCAUCUCAGUACUAACUAGGUAUUUCUCUAUAUACUAUUCUUUUUUGUGUGUAUAUAAACUGUACUAUAUUUGUUAUCAAAGGAAAUAAUACCUGUAUUUCGUACUUUUGUCAGAUGUUAGUACAUGUUAUUAGUACUUUUUCAUUAGUUAGUAUGUGUAUUUAGUAUUUUUUUAACAUCUUCUUACAUGUAUUUAUUACUUUUGUCACAGGUCAGUACAUGUAUUUAGUACUUUUGUUCCCUUCUAGUACAUGUAUUUAGUACUUUGUCACCUGUUAGUACACGUAUUUAGUACUUUGUCACCUGUUAGUACAUGUAUUUAGUACUUUUGUCACUUGUUAGUACAUGUAUUUAGUACUUUUGUUCUCUUUUAUUACAGGUAUUGAGUACUUUUGUCACUUGUUACAACAUGUGUGUAGUACUUUUUGUCACCUGUUAGUACAUGUAUUUAGUACUUUGUUACCUGUUAGUACAUGUAUUUAGUGCUUUUGCCACCAGUAAGUACAUGUAUUAACUACUUUUGUUACCUGCUAGUACAUGCAUUUAUUACUUUUGUCACAGGUCAGUACAUAGUACUUUUGUCACAGGUCAGUACAUAGUACUUUUGUCACCGGUUAGUACAUGUAUUUAGUACUUUGUUACCUGUUAGUACAUGUAUUUAGUGCUUUUGCCACCAGUAAGUACAUGUAUUAACUACUUUUGUUACAUGCUAGUACAUGUAUUUAGUAUUUUUGUUACCUGUUAGUAUAUGUAUUUAGUACUUUUGUUUUUUGUUAGUAUUUGUAUUUAGUAAUUUUGUAUCCGGUUAAUGCAUGUAAUUAGUACUUCUGUUACCUGUUAGUACAUGUAUUUAGUACUUUUUUUCUCUGUUAGUACAUGUAUAUAGUACUUUUGUCACCUGUUAGUACAUGUGUCUAGUAUUUUUGUCCCCUAUUAAUGCAUGUAUUUAGUACUUUUGUCAAUUGUUAGUACAUGUAUUUAGUACUUUUGUCACCUGUUAGUACACAUAUUUAGUACUUUUGUCACCUGUUAGUACAUGUAUUUAGUACCUUUGUCAAUUGUUAGUACAUGUAUUUAGUACUUUUGUCACCUGUUAGUACACAUAUUUAGUACUUUUGUCACCUGCUAGUACAUGAUUUAGUACUUUUGUCACUUGGUACAUAUUAUCUAGGGCAGUUGAAAUAAUUCAUCAUUAAAAGAUUUUCCAGGAAAGUAUUAAAUCCUCGACCGUACGGAUAAUUAGAUAUGAAUUGAAUGUUCUGAUAAUACUGAUACACUUGUGGUGUGACUUAAAUUAUUUUUUGUUGUUGAUAUGUUUGAUGUUGAAUAUCACAUAUAAUAAAGAAGGCGAUACGUA